AUGGCUCAAGUUGGGCAUCUUGAACUCGUUGGUGCUCCAGCAGCUCAAACUCCUCUGCCUCCAACGCCAAUGGACACCCAAAGCCCAUCAGAGGUAGACAUGGUGCCGGAAAUAGCUACACUCGACUCGUCAGCAGUUCGAGAGAGUACCCAACAGAGUCUGUCGGCCAUGGAAGGAGUACGUGCUGAAUCUUCCAAGGCUGAAGAUGAUGAUGUGCAGAUUAUAUUUUGUGCUCCCAGACGAAGGAAGAAGAGGCGGAAGAGGCUAGAGUCCGCCCAUUCCACAUCUCCACUCAGUCAGAUUUCAGUACCUCCCAUCGAUGACCUGCUCCCGAAAAUUUGUGACGCAGUCCCACAGGAUCCCCCUCGCAGAAGGAGCACCGGCGUAGUCAACCGGCUGGAGUCAUGUCAUAUUGGAGAUGAGAACGAGAUUUCGGGACGAGCGGGAUCACUACCUUCGAUUCCAUGUGCUCCGAACAGUUAUCCAAACGAGCAAUGCCCGUGGUUUGCUGAGCCAAAUUACUGCAACACUUCACCGGCUCAUUUUCCUUCCUUAGCCGAUUCGACAGCUUGGUGGGAUCAUUCAUUGCCCACUUUGCAGCCCAGGCCAUUCCUGAAUAUUCCCUGGAGGCCUUUGCCGAUGGAGAGUAUGGACAGCAAGAAGCGUAAGCAUGAUGGAGAAUUUGAUGAAGAAUGUCCUCGAUCUGCCCAACCUCGCGAGUCGGUACAGAUGUCUCCUCGAACGAACCCUUUACCAACAAGAGCGCCUUCUGGAUACCCACCCUACCAAAUCAACCCAAACAACUUCGACAUGUACGGAUACUCAGACCAGAACCAACCGGCGCCAAUGUCCUGGCCAAAUUAUGGGUGGAACUCGUUCGAAACCCCAAGCUCAGCCCAAUUUGCGUCACCGCCUCCUCGCCCAAUGAUUCCAAUGGAUCUGUCACUACCCAACUAUUCGACUCCCGAGAAUUCGUCUCCUCAGCAGCCUCGUGUCAGCAAUAGAUAUGAGCAUCCAGAAAGGCGUAGGCCAUGGCAGCACCAGGCCGAACAGAUGGCAGCACCUCCACGACAGAGCCAAGGCAGCGGAACUUCGCUCAGAGAGCCUCCGGUAUUUUCAAGCACCCAGAGCCAGACUUUCCAGCGUCAACCAUCUCCAGGGGUGGUGGUGCAGCCUAGACCUGACCCUUCAGUCUCGUUCUCAACACCAAUGGUUCUUGAUGUCAUAAAUGCACCCCGUGCACCAAUACCAGUCACGGCACAACCGCCAGUAGCCCCGAAAAAUUCUGUACGUGUGUUGACGUCUCCAAUACCGCCACGAGCCGCAAUGAGCACUUUGCCAUCAGCAGACAUCUUACGCAGACCGUCUCUCUACUCAAUCCCACCUUGGCCAUCGGCUUCAACAUCACCACCAGUCACGCCAGGUCCUCCUAGCCAACCUCACAUUUCUUAUCCGGUGAGGAACCCCAAUACGACCCUUACCAGAGUGAUGGAAUCUAGCCGGUCUUUUGCAGACCCUACUCGACCCAUAAGCCCUACAGUGACCCGGACGUCCGACCAUACAAUGAGAUCGCCAGCCUCGAGCGGACCAGCGCGAAGUCCUACCCCGGCAUUAUCACAGCCGGGAGGAAACGAGUUCCAAAUACCGGAUGCACGUAUGGGCCGCAAACACUCCCCAAACUUAAUCGUCGAUAUAGCUGAGACCUGCCAAGAAAUGUUCCCAUUUGCAGCAGUCGCCGAACGUCAUGAUGUGGCCAUCCAAAAGGUCUUCGAUACCUUCUCUGCCAUCAUUCAACUCCCCUUGCUCCGCAACGCAGAUGAUAGACGAAGACACGGCUCGCUUGGGAAGCGGAGGACCAAGGAGUACCGGGAUGCGAAGAGGGCGAUGCAGAAAGCUCAGGAAGACGAGCGGAAGAGUGAGAUGAAAGCGAUGCGGGCGAGGGUUGAGGAUGCCGCCAGGGGCAAGGACCAAGUCAGAAAUUCGGGACUGCUGAAAUCCGCCGUGCUGAACAACGCGCGAGAUGUGCAAGGCAGUCGAUGA